UCAACAUCCACAAUUUUUUUAGAUACACCCACUGAUGCCUUUCCAUAUAUAUGACAUUUCAAAAGAAAACUUGUCAUAAGUGUUCAAAGUAAUCUGAAAACCAAAAUUUGAAGGAGAAUAUGAUUCUUUCAUUGAGAUGGAAGUUUGGAAUGAAAUUGCAAUUGCAAAAGUGAAGAAAAGAAAGAUAUGCAACAAAUCAUCAUCUUUCAUUGCCAUUCAUUUCCCACUUUUCCUUAGUCCUUUCAAUCUCAUUUUCCAAAAAUCCAUUGACAAAAAGGAAAAGAUGACACCACUUUUAUUUACACUCUUAGCAUUAGAGAUGGGAGUGAUCAUAAUUCUUCUGUUUCACUCACCUAUAAGGAACCUAGUCGUUAUGGGGUUAGAUCGUUUGAAGCAAGGUAGAGGCCUUGUAGCCUCAAGAACCCUUACAACGAUAUUAUCAGUAGUUUUUGUGUUCAAUCUUUAUGGUAUUUAUAAAAAUCAAAAGCACAUGAUGGAGGUUGGUGUCACUAAUCCAACCGAUCGAGUUCUUUUGUCCAAUCAUAUUCUUGAGGCCUCGCUCAUGGGUUUUUGUUUAUUCUUGGGAUUGAUGAUAGACAGACUUCAUUACUAUGUCAAGGAGUUGUGGUUGUUGAGAAAGAGCUUGAAGGCUAUUCGUAAUCAGAUUGGUGAUUCUGAUUUGAUUCAACCCAUCAACAAAAACAAGAAAAUUUAAAGCACACAUUUCAUACAAAUUGAAUCAACCUUCGUUUGUAAAUGAAAGAAUAAAGUCAUACUGUAAUUACUAAUCGAUUGAUUCAAAUAAUAAUGUCACUCAGCUUUGUGUAACUGCUCUUCGUUAUUCAUGUCCAGUAAGAUACCAAUAUCUUAGUUAAACUUGUGUAAUUUGAUUAAUUUUUUAAAGAUUAUGAUAAACAACGUACAAGGUAAUAACUAUUUCUCAUAUCCAC